AUGGUGGAGGAGAAAACCGGAAACGAAGUUCUGCUUGAUCCAACAGUUGAAGAUUUGCUAUUACAGGCACAAGAGCUUGUCCCGGUUGCUUUGUCCAAAGCAAGAACAGUGAAAGGUUUCUCCAGCAGAUGGAGAGUGAUAAUCUCAAGAUUAGAGAAGAUACCGACAUGUUUAUCGGAUUUGUCUAGCCAUCCUUGUUUCUCCAAAAACACUCUCUGCAAAGAGCAACUCCAAGCGGUCUUAGAAACCUUGAGAGAAGCCAUCGAGCUCGCAAUCGUAUGCGUAAACGAGAAGCAAGAAGGGAAACUGAAGAUGCAGAGCGAUCUCGAUUCUCUAUCAGCCAAAAUCGAUCUCAGCUUAAAAGACUGUGGACUGCUGAUGAAAACAGGCGUUCUAGGCGAGGUUUCGCAGCCAUUAUCUUCUUCGAUUCAAGACCUGGAAACGUUCAGCGUUAGAGAAUUGCUUGCUCGGCUUCAGAUAGGUCACUUGGAGUCUAAACGCAAAGCGCUUGAGCAGCUCCUCGAGGUAAUGAAAGAAGACGAAAAAGCGGUUAUAACCGCUUUAGGCCGGACCAAUGUCGCGUCUUUGGUGCAGCUUUUGACCGCCACUUCGCCUAGCGUUAGGGAAAACGCUGUGACUGUGAUCUGCUCUUUAGCAGAAUCAGGCGGUUGCGAGAACUGGCUCGUCUCCGAGAACGCAUUGCCUCCGUUGAUAAGGCUGCUGGAAUCCGGAAGUCCAGUAGCUAAAGAGAAAGCGGUUAUCUCGUUGCAGAGGAUGUCGAUUUCGUCAGAGACGGCGCGUUCGAUUGUUGGUCACGGUGGGGUUAGUCCGUUGAUCGAGAUUUGCAAAACAGGGGACUCUGUUUCUCAAGCAGCUUCCGCUUGUACUUUGAAGAACAUCUCCGCUGUCCCUGAAGUAAGACAGAAUCUAGCGGAAGAAGGAAUCGUUAAAGUGAUGAUUAACAUACUAAACUGUGGGAUUCUGUUGGGAUCUAAAGAAUACGCAGCGGAGUGUCUUCAGAAUCUCACUUCGAGCAACGAAGCUCUUCGAAGAUCGGUCAUAUCAGAGAACGGGAUUCAGACUCUGCUCGCUUACUUAGACGGACCUCUCCCUCAAGAAUCAGGAGUUGCAGCGAUUCGGAACCUUGUUGGCUCUGUUUCUGAUGAAACAUGCUUGCAGAUAAUCCCAAGUUUAGUCCAUGUUCUUAAAUCAGGAUCAAUCGGAGCUCAACAAGCAGCUGCGUCGACGAUUUGCAGGAUUGCUACAUCGAAUGAGACUAAGAGAAUGAUCGGUGAAUCGGGUUGCAUCCCUUUGCUGAUAAGAAUGUUGGAGGCGAAAGCGAGUGGAGCUAGAGAGGUUGCAGCUCAAGCUAUAGCGAGUCUCGUAACGGUUCCGAGGAACUGCAGAGAAGUGAAGAGAGAUGAGAAGAGCGUGACGAGUCUUGUGAUGUUGCUUGAGCCGAGUCCGAGCAACUCGGCGAAAAAGUAUGCGGUUUCGGGUUUGGCGGCUCUGUGUUCAAGCAGGAAGUGUAAGAAGCUGAUGGUGUCGUAUGGAGCUGUCGGUUAUCUGAAGAAAUUGUCGGAAUUGGAGGUUCCUGGUUCUAAGAAGCUUCUUGAGAGGAUUGAGAAAGGGAAGUUGAGAAGUUUCUUUGGUAGGAAGUAG